AUGUCUUUCCGACGCCCUCUGAUGCUGUCAUCGGCAGCAUCAGUGCCCUUUCUAGCGGUGUCUUCCAAAACCUCCCGAGUCGCAGCCAGUCUUCCUCGAUUCACCGCAUCCAGAGCCUCGUCCAGCUCGACCUCGGCAUUGGCCUACAAGGCCUUGCAUCGUCGCUCGCCUCUUCCCCUGCCUGUUUCCGACGCCUCCCCGCAAUGGGACGCCCCUACGGCCGUCUCGUCGAUUUUGUACGAGACACCUGUCACACCGACCAAUCCUCCAAAGCGUCACAUCCUGAACUGCCUGGUGCAGAAUGAGCCCGGUGUGCUGUCCCGCGUGUCUGGGAUCCUGGCCGCCCGUGGCUUCAACAUCGACAGCUUGGUCGUCUGCAACACCGAGGUUGAGGAUCUGUCCCGCAUGACCAUCGUGCUGCAGGGCCAGGACGGUGUCGUCGAGCAGGCGCGCAGACAGCUGGACGACCUCGUCCCCGUCUGGGCCGUCCUCGACUACACCGACUCCGCCCUGGUGCAGCGCGAGCUUCUGCUCGCCAAGGUCAGCAUCCUGGGCCCCGAGUUCUUCGAGGAGCUGCUCCAGCACCACCGCGAGAUCACCACGCCCGGUGACGCCCUGGAAGGGCAGAGAGAGAACAAGGUUGGCGAUGCGCAGACCAAGAAGGUCGAGUUUCACCCUCGCCAUCUGCCUCCCAGUCAGGCACUGAGACACAAGCACGAGCAUCUUGACGCCAUCACCCGCUUGACUCACCAGUUUGGCGGCAAGGUUCUGGACAUCAGCACCAACAACUGCAUUGUUGAAGUUUCCGCCAAGCCUUCUCGUAUUGACUCCUUCCUGAAGCUUAUCAGCCCCUUCGGUAUUCUCGAGUCCACGCGGACUGGUCUCAUGGCCCUUCCUCGUUCUCCUCUUUCUUCUGAGCCCAGCGAGGAACUUGAGAAAGAGGCCGCCGAUGUGGUCGAUGCUAGCACCCUUCCUCCUGGUUAA